UGUUUUUUCUCCCAAACUCAAACAGUCACCAUGAGCGCUUUGGUCGAGAGCAACCUUCCUGCAUUGACGCUGCUUGCUCGCGGCAAGGUCCGCGACGUCUACCGCAUCGAUGACAAGUCACUGCUGUUUGUCGCCACAGAUCGCAUUUCGGCCUUCGAUGUUGUCAUGAACAAUGGCAUUCCCGGAAAGGGCAAAAUCCUCAACCAAAUCUCCUUGUUCUGGUUUGACCUGCUCAAGGAGGUCGUCCCGUGCCAUCUCAUCACGGCCGAGAUUGACGAGAUGCCCGAGGUCGUGCGCCAAUACCGCGACCAGCUCGAGGGUCGCAGCAUGCUCGUUCGCUCGCUGAACAUGCUUCCGAUCGAGUCCAUUGUUCGCGGCUAUGUUGCCGGCUCUGGCUGGAAGGAGUACCAACAAUCCAACACCAUCUGUGGCAUUGCGCUUCCCGCUGGCCUCACCGAGUCUGCCCGCCUUCCUCAGGCCCUCUUCACCCCAAGCACCAAAGCCGAGCUUGGCACCCAUGACGAGAACAUUCACCCCGAUAAGGCCGCCGAGAUGAUUGGCAAGGACCUGGCCGAUCGUAUGGCUGCCACUGCGCUCGAGCUCUAUACCAAGGCCAGCGAGUACGCCUUGACUCGCGGCAUCAUCAUUGCCGACACCAAGUUUGAGUUUGGCAUCCACCCGGAGACCAACGCCCUGAUCCUCGGCGACGAGGUGCUGACACCCGACAGCAGCCGCUUCUGGCCCAAGGACAAGUACGCCACCGGCCGUGCGCAAGACUCGUACGACAAGCAGUAUGUGCGAGACUACCUAGAGAGCAUCAAGUUCAACAAGAAGGACCCCGUCACCCUUCCCGAGGACGUUGUGCAGAAUACCCUUGCCAAGUACCAGGAGGUGUUUACCAUUCUCACCGGUCGCAAGGCAGCAUUGUAGUCCAUCGUGUUACUUUGUUUUUGCAGGAUUGUGUUAUGGUUGGCCUUUUUUUUGUUGUUUUUGUGUUUGCAGAAUGCAAAUCAACACGAUCAUGGAGUUGAAAACCAAAAAUCUCGCAUCGAC